AAACCUCUCAGCUCAGAGAGAGCCCUGAGAGCCAUAAAGCAACUAGAGCAGAGACAGACAUAGAAAGACACUCACUUCCCUGACAGAGAAAUAUCACAACCAAAAGUUACAAAGUCAAUUCAAAACAAACUCUAUCCAAGAAGGUCAGAACCUGAUUGGAUGAGAUUUCUUUUUUAAUAUAAAAAAGAAGAAGAUUAAUCUUUAUGAUUAAUUUUCAUGAAUGUUAGGGAAUGAGUGCAAAGGGACACUUUUGAUUUUUUUAUGAAAAAGACAAGUGGAUCUUUACUCAUCUCCGAAAGACAAGACUGGAAACAACAGGAGUUACUGGAGCAGCAGAGUCAAAGGAGCGAGCAUCUUCCUCGACAUCUGCAGAAGAGCGAAGCGGAGUGUGAUUCCCACACUCCACCUGCGAGGCGCAGCUCUAUACCCAGCCUGCCUGCUCUCUUCAGCUCCUUCCAGCGCAGCCUCAGCACUGUAGCUCCAGCAGAGGAUGGCUGCAGCCAAGACUGAGAUGAUCCUCCCAACCCUGCAGAUCUCAGAGCCUCUGAGCUUCCCUCACUCCCCCAUGGAUAACUAUCCUAAGCUGGAGGAGGUGAUGAUGCUGACUGCAGGGACACCCUUCCUCCCUGCCUCCGCACCCGAAGGUGCUGGCUUUGGCUCCGGGGAGCCAGGAGAUCAGUAUGACCACCUUACUGGAGAUACGCUACCUGAUAUCUCCUUCAACAAUGACAAACCCGUGUCCGAGCAGACCUACUCCACCCAGAGGCUGCCCCCUAUCUCCUACACAGGCCGUUUCACCCUGGAGCCCGCCACCACCUGCAGCAACAGCCUGUGGGCAGAGCCAAUCUUGGGUCUUUUCACCGGCCUGAUGGGCAAUGUUGCCCCCAGCUCCAGCACUUCCUCCAUUGCCUCGCAAACAACUUCUUCCUCCUCUUCGUCAGCGUCGUCCUCGUCCACCUCUUCUACCUCUUCUGCAUCUCAGACCUCCAGCCUCAGUUCCUCCAUUCACCACAGCGAGCCCAACCCCAUUUACUCAGCUGCCCCAACUUACUCCAGUCCUAACUCUGACAUCUUCCCAGAUCAGAGCCAGGCAUUCGGUGCAGGUGGAGCAGUGCAGUACCCUCCUCCCGCCUACCCAAACGGGAAGACCACCACAAGCUUCCCUGUGCCCAUGAUUCCAGACUACCUGUUUCCUCAGCAGCAGGGGGAGAUCAGCCUGGUGCCUCCCGACCAGAAGCCCUUCCAGAGUCAAUCCAGCCAACCCUCCCUCACCCCUCUGUCCACCAUUAAGGCCUUCGCCACCCAGACUGGUUCCCAGGACUUAAAGAGCGUGUACCAGUCUCAGCUGAUUAAACCCAGCCGCAUGCGCAAAUACCCCCCCAGGCCGAGCAAGACGCCCCCACACGAGCGACCCUACGCCUGCCCUGUGGAGACCUGCGACCGACGCUUCUCCCGCUCUGAUGAGCUGACACGUCAUAUUCGCAUCCACACAGGUCAGAAACCCUUCCAGUGUCGUAUCUGCAUGCGCAACUUCAGCCGCAGCGACCACUUGACAACGCACAUUCGCACUCACACCGGUGAGAAGCCGUUCGCCUGUGAGAUCUGCGGACGUAAGUUCGCCCGCAGCGACGAGAGGAAGAGGCACACAAAGAUCCACCUGCGGCAGAAGGAAAAGAAGGCAGAGAAGGCGGGAGCUGCAGCCGUGGUGACAGCAGCAUCAGUACAAGCUGCCUCCACUCCCUCCAGCUACCCCUCUCCCAUGGCCUCCUACCCCUCUCCAGUGUCUUCUUACCCAUCUCCAGUCACCUCGUGCUACUCCUCUCCUGUCCACACAUCUUACCCCUCUCCGUCCAUAGCUACCACCUACCCCUCAGUGUCCAUGUCCAGCACUUUCCAGUCCCAGGUCGCUUCCUCGUUCCCCUCCUCAGUCGCUUCCAACAUCUAUAACUCCCCUAUACCCACCCCCCUAUCAGACAUGCAGACCACGCUGUCUCCAAGGACAAUCGAAAUCUGCUAAGGAAGAGCAAAGAGAGAAAAAAAAACUUUUUCAGACCUUCUGCACCUCCUCUCUUCCUUAGGGUUCUUUGAGAGGGGGAAAAGAAAUCAGCAUCAAAAGACUUUGUUUCCCCCUGCAGAAAGCACUUUUCUCUCUGCUCCCUGUGCAGUGUUAGGCAAACCUUGAGAUUUACCUGAAAGGGAGAAAAAGACUGAUGUCAAGGACUGGGCAAAGACAUUAAAAGUCAAAAAGGGAUAAUUUUUUUUUGGCUCUGUAAAAGAACUAGAGAACUUCAAAUGCAUACGGGACUCCACCAAGGAACAAACAGAUCGGCAGCAGUUGUGGUGCUCAGGCACGGUCGUCCUCGCAGGCACUCAAACAGUUCAAAAGACAUUGAAUAAUAUACAUAAGCUACGUAAAUGUAUAUUGUACAUGUGCCAUGUUUUGUUUUUAUCAUUCCUCGGUACCACUGAUGUGAAAAAUGAUUUGCAUAUUUGCAUUGUAUUAUUUGAAGUGAGCAGGGCCAUAUUUUCUACAUUCUUUCUCUAUUAUGUCGUGAUGAUGCUGUGAUACGUUUUGACAUUGUUUGGAGAAAAAAAAAGCACUUAAGUAUUCAAGCAUGAGUAAGAGUGAUGUUACUUUCUGUUUGUAAAUAUCAUUCUCCGGUACUAUCCCUUUCUCUCUUUCUCACAUGUGACAUAUCGACCAGUUAUAUGGAAAAACAGAGAAAAGAAAAAAAAAAGUUUAACAAAAAACCACCACAUAAAACAAAACAAAUGCUCCCGUUAUUUGGUGCCUUUCGUGAAGCCUUGCUGGUGUUGUGACUCGGCUGCGAGCAAGCGAGCAAGCGAGGGAGGGAGAGAGGAUGCGCUGCAUCUCGCCUUAGGAAGAGGGAAUAUUUUUGUUACAGAAUGUAAGUCAUGCUUAGAGGGAGGACAAGGGACAUGCUCUGAGGGCACCGCUUCAUUUCAUUAGAAUGUAAGCAAACAAAAAAAAAAAAAAAAAGAAGAAGGAGAAAGAGUAUAAAGUCUAUUUUUGUAAAACUGAAAUGUAAAUAUCCACAUCUUCGAGAGCUGGAAUGUUGAAGUUACCUACUGAGUAGGCAUGGGAUUCUUUUGUAUGUUAUAUACAUGCAGUUCAUUAUUUUGUGGUUAUCUUAUUUUGUAUUUGUGUUUGUUUAAACAAGUGACUGUUUCUGGCUUCUAAACACAUUGAAUGCGCUUAACUGCCAGUGGGAUAUUUGGUGUACAAGAUAUCCUCCCAAAAAUGAAAUAUAAAUAAAAAUAUAAAUAUA